CUGGAAUGCACUGCUUCUGCAGCAAUGACGAUAAACUACUGGUCUAUAAGGAUCUGUGUACGCUCCCCUUCCUCCUUCCUGUGCAGGGGUUAUGGCACCUGAUUGUUUAAUCCCAUCACGGGGGAUUGGUGACAUCAGGCCCAAUCCUGUGCCGACCUCUACCAAAGGCCAGCAGCCAGGGAUCAGCUGGGAUGAAGAGCAGUGGGACGGCACGGAUCAGUCAGUGUGAAGAAGCGACGGGACUACAGGAAGGCGUACAGUCGAUGAGCUCCUAGGAGCCAACACAUUUCUCAGUUUGUCGGGGAUCCUGCCAUUCAACAGCCAGGAUGGCUCGGGAUAUGUCAGAUAAGGAAAUCUUGAAAAUGGAGCUGGAACAGUUGAAGAAGGAAGUUAACACACCUAGGACACCAGUGGGUGCAAACUGUGCAGACACGAUCGCGUUUGUUGAAGAACUGCUACCAAAUGACCCGCUGAUCAAGGGCGUUCCAGACGAGAAGAACCCCUACAAGGGAGACAAGGGAGGCUGCAUAAUAACAUAGCACACAUACAUCCCGGGAAACGUCACGCUGUUUUUUAUCCGAGCUGGUUACAUCGCUGUAAUAUUCCUGUAGAAUUCUUGUGGAUAAAAUGUACAGUAGAAAGAAAAACUAAGAUCUGUAAUGGUACCGCUACCAGGAGAGAGACCCCUUUUCCAUCACUGGACUACUGUAUGUAUCUGUUGAUAUGAAAAUGUUUGUCAAUUUGUAAUUAAAUGCAAAUAGCUGUGCAAAGCUUUGACCUGACCUGGCUACUCCGAUUAUUGAUAUACUUUAGUAGAUCUC